GGGCGCGCGGGGCGAUGCCGAGGCAGGCGUGCUUCGCGACAGCGCCGUAAAGGCGCGUGGGAUCGAAGCAUGGCGCUGUACGCGACGGCGGCGUCUGUGCUGGCAAACGUGGAGAGCCGACGGGGCUCCAUCAAGGGGCUGGUGUACGCCAGCAGCUUCCAGAACGUGAAGCAGCUGUACGCGCUGGUGUGCGAGACGCAGCGCUACUCCGCCGUGCUGGACGCCGUGAUCGCCAGCGCCGGCCUCCUCCGCGCCGAGAAGAAGCUGCGGCCGCACCUGGCCAAGGUCCUAGUGUAUGAGUUAUUGCUGGGAAGAGGCUUUAGAGGGGGCGGGGGCCGAUGGAAACCUUUGCUGGACCGGCACCAGGCAAGGCUGAAGGCGGAGUUGGCCCGGCUCAAGGUUCAGCGACGUGUGAGCCGCAACGAGGACCUGUUGCAGGUGGGAUCCAGGCCUGGCGCAGCCUCCCAGGUGCCUCGCUUUGUGCGUGUGAACACUCUCAAGACCAGCUCUGACGAUGCAAUUGAUUAUUUCAAGAGGCAAGGUUUCUCUUACCAGGGUCGGGCUUCUAGCCUCGAGGACCUACGGGCCCUCAAAGGGAAGUGCUUUCUUCUGGACCCCUUAUUGCCAGAGUUGCUCGUGUUUCCGACCCAGACAGAUCUUCAUGACCACCCACUAUACCAGGCCGGUCACCUCAUUCUACAAGACAAGGCCAGCUGUCUCCCAGCCAUGCUGCUGGCCCCACCCCCAGGCUCCCACGUCAUUGAUGCCUGUGCUGCCCCUGGCAACAAGACCAGUCACUUGGCCGCUUUUCUCAAGAACCAAGGGAGGAUCUUUGCCUUUGACCUGGAUGCUGGACGACUGGCGUCCAUGGCUACCCUGCUGGCCCAGGCUGGAGUCUCAUGCUGUGAGCUGGCUCAGGAAGACUUCCUGGCAGUCUCACCCUCUGACCAGCGCUACCGUCAAGUCCAGUAUAUCUUACUGGAUCCUUCUUGUAGUGGCUCAGGAAUGCCAACCAGACAGCUGGAGGAGCCCGGGACAGGCACUCCUAGCAAGGCACGCCUGCAGGCCCUAGCCGGGUUCCAGCAGCGAGCACUGCGCCACGCGCUCACCUUCCCCUCCCUGCAGCGUCUGGUGUACUCCACAUGUUCCCUCUGCCAAGAGGAGAAUGAAGAUGUGGUGCAGGAUGCCCUGCAGCAGAACCCAGGGACCUUCAGGCUGGCUCCCGUCCUACCCUCCUGGCCCCACCGAGGCCUCAGCAGUUUCCCAGGGGCUGAACACUGCCUCCGGGCCUCCCCCGAGACCACGCUCACUGGUGGCUUCUUUGUUGCAGUACUGGAACGGGUAGAGGUUCCAAGCUCAGUCCCCCAGGCUGAAGCAUCGGCACCAGAAAUCUCUCUCAGCGCAGCCCCACGGAAAAAAAGGAGACCACGCCGGACUGUGGCCCCUCGCACACUGCCCCCUACAGAGCAGGUUCUAUUGUUUUUAUUGCCUUAGGAAGGAAAGCGGUAACCCUAGUUCUCAGCCGGAGAGUGUGGAUUUCCUUGUCCUCUGGGCCCCUGUUCUUGCUGGUGAGAAAAUUCUGCCCACAAAAAUAAAAGGCAGGACAUGGUCUACGGUAGAUCACAGUUUUUUUUUUUUUAUUCUUAAUGACAUAAGCAAGGAGAAAAAUCUCACAUUCAUACUAAAAAUUCCAACUAGACUCACAGGAAUUAAGUCUUUGUCAUGGAAAGUCCCAGUCUCCUGUUCCCGUCCAGUGCACGUACACGUACACACCCACACCCACACACCCACCCACACCCUCACUCAGGCUGCGCAGGGACACCCUCUCCCUGGGGCUCCCGGACCCGCGGUCCUGCCUGCGGAACUGAGGUAAACUAGCUCCAAGCACUCAAACCAAGAGGACCUACCUUCUGUCAGGUAUCUGUGGAAACUUGGUUUCUAGGCCUGGGGCCUGCCCCACCCCCCCCAACAGGUACACAGGACUGGAGGUUCAGGCCGCCCCGCCCCCUCUUCCUCAGGGGUGAGGAGGGACAGUCCCCUGCCACAGCACUCAACCUCAGUCAUGGGGGUGAGGGGGAACUAGUUACAUCUACAUCACAUUAUUUAUAAAAUAAGAAUUACAUUUUCUAUUGUGUGUCCCGAGGGAGCUCUGGCCCCUCAGGAAAGCUGCCUAGGACAGCAUCUGAGCCUCCUCUUCACACAGGCAUAACUUAACUAUACAGCUAAUUCCUAGUCGAUAGCAUUUAUACUUAACCACCUCAGUGAACCAAGCUUGAAGGAAUUUAAAAGGCAAUUUAGCUUAAAUACAAAAAUAAAUUUUUAUUUUGUUAAAAAA